UAUCGUCUCCUUGACUACCGCGGCAAACAACGUUUGCUCGCCAACCAUUUAGCGCUUGCAACUUGGUAACCGAGUAGAAAGACACCAUGAAUGAACAGCAAGCCACCAAUAGAGUCGAACUUGUUCUCUGUAGACAUUAGACAGCGGCUGAAGAUAGCCAAGGCAAUGCGACCUACCCAAGAAAGUCUCAACCCCCCUACAUACUCCAAAAAUGACGAGGUUCUUCAGAAGGCUUCCCUGAAACAGAGGCAGGACGAGAAGAAGAGAUAUAUGGAAAUGGAGUCAGAAUCUUAUGUAUUUGCCAGUGUGUUCUAUAUGGACCCAUUGGCGCAAAGACGAGAUGUGAUCAUAGCGCUCUUAAGGAAGCAGAGAGAAGAACGAAUUAAGAAAGAGAUGAUAUCCCUUCAGAACAAGCCGAGACGAUCUAAACCAACUGAGAGGCUUUCUCUGAAGACACCUGGAGAGAUUCUGGAUCAGAACAUAGUGGAUGUCCAAGAGCUAAAGUAAUAUGUUUCAGACAUAUGAAACAAACUAAAAUGAUUUUGUACAAUGUGAGUUUGUACAGAUAUUUCUUGCCAACAUCUCUAUAAAAUACAUUUUUUAAUUUAAAAUAUGCUAUUCAUGUGUAAGCCUGAGAGUAGAAGCCUUGUACCUGAUAAGGUUGCCACUUUAAUAACCUCUAAAGAGAGGAUAUCGCACUAACCAACAGGACAUACGAGGGUUUGGGGAUAUGACACUACUACGCACAAAAUUAAAACCAUAACCUCCUAGCUAGAUAACUGUAAUUAUUAAGUAUUUCACCUGCUGAUAAAAUAUAUCAUAUAAAUUAAUGUUUCAAUCACCA